UCUUAUUAUCCUUCUAUUAGCAUUUGUUUUGAAAUGGAUCCCAACAAUCAUCAUUACAACACCCAGAAUUCUUCAAGCUACCCAAUUUCCAACCAAAAUCCCAACAACUAUGAAGAUCCAAAUCAAUUUUCUUACCCACGUCCUCAAAAUCCCACCAAUUAUCAGGUCACACAUCAAUUCUCCAACCAACGUCCUCAAAAUCCAAACUAUUUUCAAGUCUCACAUCAAUUCUCCAACCAACAUCCUCAAAAUCCAAACUAUUAUCCAGAUCCAAAUCAAUAUUCGAACCAGUCAUCAUUUGUUCCAAACUUUCAUCCAUCUUAUGGAUCUGUGAGAUAUCCAUCUCAAACACCCCAGUCUAGUGGUUAUAUGCCAAUGGUUCGUGAAAAUUUUCCUAGUGUUGAUGGACCGGAAUUUCCGGAAUUUUCAACACAAGUCAAUCUUGGUGACGGGUCAGCUGAUAAUGAAGUCAAUGAAGUCACUCCUAAGAGCAAAAAAACGCAUGCACCCGCAUGGAACACUGCACAAAAUUUGGUGCUAAUUAGUGGGUGGAUUAACUGUGGAACAAGCAGUGUUGUGGGGAAAAACCAGAAAGGAGAAACAUUUUGGAGAGAUAUUGCUGAGUAUUGUAAUGAGCAUUACUCAUUCGAUCCUCCGCGUGAUGGAAUUGCAUGUCGAAACCGUUGGAAUUAUAUGAACAAAAUACUGGGUAAAUGGAUUGGCGCUUAUGAUGCCGCUAAGCGUCAACAAGGAAGCGGUUGGUCGGAUAAUGAUGUUUUGGCAAAAGCGCAGGAAUUAUUCGCAUGUGGGAAGAAUGUUCAAUUUACUUUGAUGGAAGAAUGGAUCGCUCUCCGUGAUCUACCACGUUUUUGUAGUCAAGUAGGAGGAAAUGGUGGCUCAGCAAGUAGUGGAUCUAAGAGAUCUCACGACAGUGAUGCAUGUGGCUCAACCACUAUAGGAUCAAUUCCUCGUCCAAUGGGUAGGGAGGCAGCUAAAAGAAAGAAUAAAAAGAAAAGUAAAGAACCUACUAACCAAUUGAUGAAAACCAAUUUGUAUCUCAAGCUAAGUUCUGAAGAGGAUCUCGAUGACCGUAAGAAAGAGCUGUUGAGUAAGUUGGCCCCAUACCUUCAAAAUUCUCAACUUGAAGAAGCUUUUAUACUCAACCAAUUAGGGUUGGGUCCAAACCAAAAUUUGGAAGAUAGUGCACCUCGUAGAAAGUAUGUCCGUAGAGAUCAUGCAGCAGCAAACCGAAGGCUAAUUGACGACUACUUUGCCAAUGAGCCUACAUAUGACGAUUCAAUGUUUCGUCGUCGGUACCGGAUGCAAAAACACGUUUUCCUUCGAAUCGUUGCGGACCUUUCAAGUAGUGAUAACUACUUCACCCAGCGAGUUGAUGCAGCCAAGAAAGAAGGUAUAUCACCCUUAGCAAAAUGUACCACAGCAAUGCGAAUGUUAGCAUAUGGUGUGGCAGCAGAUGCAGUCGAUGAGUACAUCAAAAUAGGAGGUACUACAGCACUGGAGUGUUUACGUAGAUUCUGUAAUGGAAUCAUACGAUUGUAUGAGCACGAGUACCUGAGAGCACCAACUCAAGAGGACCUGCAAAGAAUACUACAGGUUAGUGAACAAAGGGGGUUCCCAGGCAUGAUCGGGAGUAUUGACUGCAUGCACUGGGAGUGGAAAAAUUGUCCUAAAGCAUGGGAAGGUCAAUUUACUAGAGGGGAUAAGGGAACCACUACAGUUAUUCUUGAAGCAGUUGGAAAGGCUCCAACUGUGAGUUUCAUUGUGAAUCAACGUCCCUAUAAUAUGGCAUACUAUCUAGCUGAUGGUAUCUACCCUUCUUAUCCAACUUUCGUCAAAUCGAUCAGACUUCCUCAAAGUGAACCGGAUAAGUUGUUUGCACAAGUUCAGGAGAGAUGUCGGAAGGACAUCGAACGUGCAUUUGGAGUUCUUCAAGCUCGUUUUAAAAUCAUCCGUGAACCAGCUCGUUUGUGGGACAUAGCUGAUUUGGGUAUCAUUAUGAGGUCAUGCAUCAUAUUACAUAAUAUGAUUGUUGAGGAUGAACGAGAUACAUUUGCUCAACGUUGGACCGAUUUUGAGCAAUCUGGGGAAGGUGGAUCUAGUACACCGCAACCAUACUCGACCGAGGUGUUACCCGCUUUUGCAAAUCAUGUGCGUGCUAGAUCCGAGUUGCGUGAUUCGAACGUUCAUCACGAACUGCAAGCAGAUCUAGUGAAGCACAUAUGGACAAAGUUUGCAAAUGCUUCGUGAUGGAAGAUGAUUUGUAUCGUACUAAUUACGUUAUUUGUGUGUUGUGUGCUUAGUUUGUUGUCUUGCAUUUUAAGUUAAGAAAAUAAAAUAUAUUAUUGUGUGCUUCGUUUAUCGUCUUCCAUUUUUUAGUUAAGGAAAUAAAAUAAAUUAUUAUCUAUAUUAAAAAAAAUUA